AUUUAUGUCUAAUAUAAAACUAUUUGACCACCUUUAAGUUUCAACAUACCCUUAGGUAAUACCUGCCUCUGCGGAGUAAGAGACUUGAUGACAACGGCCUUUAACAUCCUGUUUUGGAUCAGGCUCUGGAAGGGACGCCCCUAGCUGAGGGGUCCUCCGGGCAGUCGGAAACCUACGAAAGAUGGUAGCGAUGGCGGCUGGGUCGAGUGGCUUGUUCCUGUCGGCGUUUGGGCUGCGAUUGCUCUUGGCUGCUGUACUUCAAACGGUGUCUGCAUUUGGUGCAGAGUUUUCAUCAGAGGCUUGCAGAGAGAUAGGCUUCUCCAGCAACUUGCUCUGCAGCUCUUGUGAUCUUCUUGGACAGUUUAACCUGCUUCAGCUUGAUCCUGACUGUAGAGCAUGCUGUCAGGAAGAAGCACAAUUUGAAACAAAAAAGCUUUAUGCAGGUGCUAUUCUUGAAGUUUGUGGAUGAAAAUUGGGGAGGUUCCCUCAAGUCCAAGCUUUUGUCAGGAGUGAUAAACCCAAACUAUUCAGAGGACUACAAAUCAAGUAUGUUCGUGGUUCAGAUCCUGUAUUAAAGCUUUUGGAUGACAACGGGAACAUUGCUGAAGAAUUAAGCAUCCUCAAAUGGAACACAGACAGUGUAGAAGAAUUCCUUAGUGAAAAGUUGGAACGCAUAUAAAUCUCGCUUCAAUUUUGUCCUAUCCUUUUGUUACUUUAUCAAAUGAAAUUAUUACAGUACCUAGAGAAUAUUUUAGAGUUUUGCCUCCUCCCUUUGAUCAUUCUGUGAGGCAUUAAACAGCUCAUUAACAGUUGAAGUGGCAGCACAACCCAUGGUAUCUGAGGAGUUGGCAAGCUUAACAGAACCCAGUUUUCAUAAAUUUCCAUCCUUCCAUAUUUGUUGAUACCACUAACGAAAUGCUUUGUAAUGGUUGGCUAAUUAUGCAAAUGAUAGUUUGUAAUAAUUGGUCCAGUUUUAGGAACAGCAGAUGUUUAGAGUAAGGCAGGUGAUAAGGGAGAAUGCCUACUGUGCCUCAUGCAUGUGCUGUGUGCUCUUUGAAAGCAACAGCAAAAACCACAAAGCAAGUAAGAGCCACUGAGCCUCAACAGAUUGCCUGCUUCUUGUUUUCCCAGCUUUCCUUUUAAUAGAAAUGUUAUAGUUCAUAAUGUGUUGCAUUAAAACUUUAUGGCUUCAUUAUUGUAAAACAGAUUCAAGAUCUACAGUAAGAAUGAAACAUUCAGAGAUUUGCAUUAAUGAAGACUACACAGAAAACCUUCAGGAGGAUUUGUGUGGUUCUGAUAUUUAGCAAAUUUUUGUGCUUCACACUCUUACAGAAAAAUAAAAAAUGAUCAUUUAAGACCAAAAUAUAAAGUUUCAAAAAAAAUUGAGAAUUUGAAAUUCUUAUUUGUCCUCUCGUGUUUAAAAAUGACACAUUUCUCAGCGCAUUUUUUUUUUCAUAGAAGCCCUAUUUUAUCCAAAAUGUUAAAAUGGCUAUAGUGUUUCAAACUUAUUGUGGGUAAUAUUAGUUUAUACUGGUCUAGCAGUUUCUCAAAGUGCUUUUAUCUGUGAACAUUUUUAUUGAUAUCUCCUUUAAGGAAUAGCUCUUAAAAUGCAGAAUUUUUAUUGCGCUAUUAAAAAUGAUUUUUCUUGCUUGA